CAAGCCGUUACAUCCUACUCAUCGAGGCUGGCCUCAUUCACAUCAUUUUCUAUCCUCAACUCCACCACGCGGUAUCCAAACUCGCGCGCUGGACGCGCCCUUAGAAUCACUCUAGUGUUCAUUUUCCUAUCCGAACGCGGUCGCGGUGAAGUACAAUGGGAAACCGCUGCAGCAGGAGACAAGUUCUGUCCAAAGGACAUCGUGUUUGUACCAACUCGCCGCCGUCGCCACAAGUGAACUCCUGGGAUAGUGAUGACCAGAUAUCCGAUGAUGGCGAUGGAAGCGGCAGUGGAGAAACAGUUUGGCCUACUAUUCGGCGCGGUAACGGGUCUGACUUCGUUUCAAUGGCCAUUCCAAAUGUCACCUCUGACGAGAUUUCUUACCUUCUCAUGAUGGACGACUUUGGUAGAAAGUAUCGCUUGCCUCUGUUUCUGCUUUCGCCUACAUGUUCCUCUGAAACUGUGCAGAAUGCCAUGUCUGCGCCAGCACUAGCAUCAACGCCUAAUAGUAAUACCGCUCAGUCACCCUUCGUUACUUCUCCUCUGCCAAGCGGCCCUUCGUCUCCAGCUUCAUCUCCAGCCGGCAGCACACCUGUAGCUCCACCCGCCGUCGACCCUACGUCUCUACCAGUAUCUCCAAUAAAUAUUCUUGCGACACGGCCCCCACCCCCCGUCACUGCGUUUGUCGUGCCCCUCCCUUGUGUAGGCGCCAUUCUUCUCGUCGCUGGCUGCAUGUCUCCGCAUUCGUCACAAUCGCCAAUUGGACCAAGAACGUACACGUGACGCAGAGAAGCUAGCUGUCAUGCAAUUCGAGUUUUGGAAGUUUCAGGUCGUAUCAUAGCGACGUGCUGUCCAAGAGUCAGGACGAUAUCUGUCACUAUGGAUCCGCCAUGCCAGUUCCGCUUUUCAUGCCCGUCGAGAUGCCACGAGAAGGAACGAGACAAAUGCCUUACUUUGCGCCUCCGAUGUACUACCGUGACAGCGGACGGAAAUAUAGCGAAUGUCGCUCGACAUUUUCUCGAUCAUCCAGGCGAUGCGAUUCCUCUCAUUCUUCGCAUUCACAGCAGUUGACUAGAUCGCCUUCACGAAGGAAUUCCGGUCACGCAUACCUUCUUCCUUCAAUAACGACAAGUUCCCCGGUUGUGGACGUGGAGGAAGGAGAUGGUCAUCACGGGAUCAGCAUAACAGACGACGUCCUCUCAGAGUAUAUGCAGCCUUCACCCCUUCCACCA